CAGUCGAGCGCGGCGGCGGUCCCAGCUCGUAUAUACGCGCCCGCUGACCCCAGAAGGCUAGCGCUCGCGGACACAGCCACCUGCCAGUGCUGCGCGGCGAGCGAGCCAGCUCUUUCUGCGCGCGCGCGCCGCCAAGAGCCAGGAGAGCCAAAAGGCGUAAUUUAAACCCAGCGCUGCGCCGCCGCCGCAACAAAACAAAUGUGGCUCCUCACGCAAACAAACCCACCCCAAGACGGCUCGAAGCCGACCAUCUUCCGCCUGCCGCGCGGCAGGUCCAACGUCGGCCGCAAGGACCAGCCGGUUUUGAUCGCAGAAAAAUCUGUAUCUAGAAACCACGGCUACGUCACUUCUGAUGGCAAAACGCUCAAAGUGGGCGACGGCGGCUCGAAGUUCGGGACCCACGUCGAUGGGAAAAAAGUUUCCAGUGAAUCGGAAGUGCAGGAAGGCCAGGUCAUAAGGUUUGGCGGGCGAGAAGACGGCUCCGCGGACUUCCGCGCGUCCAAAGAAAGUGUCCUGAUCGCCCUGACGGCGUGCGGCGAGAAGCAUGCUGCCUUCAAAACGCAAGCGCUCACGUGCGGCCUCGAUGUCAUCGGCGAGCACGACGCGUGGCCCCAGGUGCCCAUCGCUUGUGUUUCUACUGCCGAUCCUUCCAAGAAGAAACCUUUCUCUGUUGCCUGUUUAAGAGCUGCUGCGUUGGGUGUGAAACUAGUGCAACCUUCCUACCUCGAGGCGUGGCAGUCUCGCAAUCCCUUAUCUGAAGCGCCGCCGGCCGUCGAGGACCACCUGCUGCCUUCCUCACAACUAUUACAAAGGAUCGGCGAGUCGUGUGCUUCUGCUCUGGAAAAUCUACGAUUAGUUUUCGUCGGCGACGCGCUAGGCGACCUGCAGCACACGCUCCAAAGUCUCGGUUUUAAGGACCAGUGCCCGUCCGUCACGAGAGCCCAGGCGUCCGCUACGACGCUGCCGGCGUGCCUACGAGGCUUCACUGGGAAAGUCGCCGUCGUCUCGGCGGACCCGUGCUUUGGGCCGCUCGCGCAGCCGCCGCGCUUCUUCGAGGCCGAAAAGUUGGUGGCGGCUUUAGUUGAUGGUGCACCUUUAGCUUCGGUCGACGCGGCGUCGCUGGUGCCUACGCCGGCGCCUCCUGCGCCGGCACCGAAGCGGUCGAAGCGCCGCACCGACGAGACCGACGACGGCGCGGAGCCGGAGCCGGCGCCGGCGCCGGCGCCGCGGCGGUCGCCUAAAAGAAAAGCGAGGGAGGCGCCUUCACCAGCACCGAAGCGGUCCAAGACCGACGAAGAUUUUGAUGAGGCCGCCGCCACGCGCGCGGCGAAGAAGCUGAAGGUCGCGGAGUUGCGGGCGGCGCUCGAGGCCCUGGGCGAGGCGACGGACGGCACGAAACCUAUCUUAGUCGAGCGGCUCGUCGACGCGCGGCGCCGCGCGGCGGCAACCCCCGCGGAGCCCUCGCCGGAGCCCCCGCCGCCCCCGUCGCCGGAGCCGUCGCCGGCGCCGCCGCCGGAGCCCUCGCCGGAGCCGUCGCCCGCGCCGAAGCGCCCGCGUCGCUCGCCGAAGCGCAAGGCCCGCGAGGAGCCGUCGCCGCCGCCGAAGCGCCAGCGCGCCGCAGAAGAGGAGGCGCCGCCGCCGCCGCCGCCGGAAGAAGAUGAUGAAGACGAGUUCGACCUCGCGGCGGCCAUGGACGCGCCGCGCGCCGCGCCGGCGCCGGCGCCUCAGGCCGCGUCGCCGUCGCCGCCACCUAGAAGGAAGCGUCGAGCUGCCGAGGAAGAAGAAGAGUCGCCGGCGCCUGUACCAAAGCGCAAGAAGAAGCGGCGCGAGGAAGAACCCGUGGUCCAAAGGCGGGGCCCCACGCAUGUGCCGCCGCCUUCACAAAGAAAGCCCGCCGACACGACGGGCGGCGGCUGGCUGAGUACGUCAGAACACGCCGUCGCGAAUGAUGAGGGAGGCGACGUCGACCCGGAAGCGGCGCUCGCGGCGCAGUUAGCUGACCAGGAGCCCGAGGUCGUCGAGGAGGCCCCGAAGCCGAAGGCGAAGCGGGGCGGCCGUGCGACGAAGCCGUCGAAGGCCGAGGAAGCGAGGCAAUUGGACGCCUUCGCCGAGAGCGGCGCGCGCGAUAAAGAAUUAGACAAGGCCUACGCGAACUGCGUGGCUCCUCGGGCGCCGACGGUCGUGCGCGAUCUCGUCGUGCCGCGGAAGGAAAGGCCGGCCACAGCUUCCAAGAAGAAGAAGGGCCCCAACUUCAAGAGGUUCCGCAAGAACGCCGUCCGCGUCGCGCCCGCGUCGGACAUCGUGACGGGCGAUUACCUGGACAAGCUUGCUGCUGCGGAAAGCGAGACCGAGCUGCAACUACGACGGGACGCGGCUGCUCUCGCGCAGGAGAAGGCUCGGGCGGAGGAGGACUGGGACGACGACGCGGCGCCCAAACCUAAAAGGAAGCCUGCGGCGCGGAAGCGGCGCUGAUGGGCUCCUAGG